AUUGCGAUCCCUCUUAGCCAGAGACUCUCUCCAUCACUCAGAGCUGACAGGAAGACUUCCUUCACGGUGUCUGGUGUCUGCCUAGACUCCUAAUUGUGGCUUGACAAUGCUCACAGAGCGGUGUCUGGGCUUUGUCUAUUCCGGCUUGUACCUCUGGGCAUCCUUGUUCCUGUCUUUCUUUAAAGUCUCCCAGCAAGGUGAAAACCAAAGGCGGCUCUACAGAGAAUUACUGAAGAACUAUAACAGCUUGGAAAGGCCGGUAGUGAAUGACUCACAGCCCCUGGUGGUGGAGCUGCAACUGUCAUUGCUGCAGAUAAUUGACGUGGAUGAAAAGAACCAGGUCUUGAUAACAAAUGCUUGGCUACAGAUGUCCUGGAUGGACACGUAUUUGUCAUGGGAUCAGUAUGAAUAUCCAGGAGUUCAGAAUUUAAGAUUCCCAUCUGAUCAAAUUUGGGUACCAGACAUUCUUCUGUACAACAGUGCAGACGAGAGAUUUGAUGCGACGUUUCACACAAAUGUUCUAGUGAACUAUUCGGGAUCUUGCCAGUAUAUCCCUCCAGGCAUCUUGAAGAGCACAUGCUACAUUGAUGUCCGCUGGUUUCCUUUUGAUGUGCAGAAAUGCGAUUUGAAGUUUGGCUCUUGGACACACAAUGGCUGGCUGCUUGAUCUGCAGAUGCUUGAAGCUGAUAUUUCCAAUUACAUAUCCAACGGAGAAUGGGAUUUAGUGGGUGUCCCAGGUAAAAGGAACGAGUUGUACUAUGAGUGCUGUAAGGAGCCAUAUCCGGAUGUGACUUACACUGUGACAAUGCGCCGCCGCACCCUCUACUAUGGAUUGAACUUACUGAUUCCAUGCGUCCUCAUAUCAGGCUUAGCGUUGCUUGUUUUCUUGCUGCCAGCUGACUCUGGAGAGAAAAUAUCCUUGGGUAUUACGGUCCUCCUGUCUCUCACAGUUUUCAUGCUGCUUGUUGCCGAGAUCAUGCCUGCCACCUCAGAUUCCGUCCCCUUGAUAGCACAAUAUUUUGCAAGCAUCAUGGUCAUCGUCGGCUUAUCUGUGGUGGUGACGGUUCUCGUUCUCCAGUUCCAUCAUCACGACCCUCAAGCUGGAAAGAUGCCCCAAUGGGUUCGUGUAGUUCUGCUGAACUGGUGUGCUUGGUUUUUGAGAAUGAAAAAACCUGGCGAGAGCUUAAGACCCCUUUCUUGCAAAUACAGCCACUCUAGACACCAGUCAAGUGUCAGCAGCGUAGAAAUGAAUGUCUUACCAGGACACCAGUCUAGCAAUGGCAACGUGAUCUACAGCUACCAUGUCAUGGAAAACCCUUGCUGCCCACAGAACAGUGAUAUGAGCGAUAAGGGUGGAAAAGGUCCCAGUUCUUCACCUGAAGAUGCUGAGCUUACUCAAAGGAAAGUUUUAAUGGACACUAUCCCAGUGAUUGUGAAAAUCUUGGAAGAAGUUCAAUUCAUUGCAGCCCGUUUCAGAAAACAGGAUGAAGGGGAAGAAAUCUGCAGUGAAUGGAAGUUUGCUGCUGCUGUCAUAGACAGAUUGUGCCUCGUGGCGUUUUCACUCUUUGCCAUCAUCUGCACGCUCACAAUACUAAUGUCUGCUCCGAAUUUCAUUGAAGCUGUUACAAAAGAUUUUACAUAAGCAUCUCAGAAACCAACAGAAAACUCCCAAAGGUUAUUGUGGAUUACGAAUUGAUGCCAUUAAUUUUGUUAAACAAUGAGAUUUUAAAAUUGGGAAGUGCACUUUGUGUGCCAAAUUCAAUAAAGGAAAGGAGUUGGAAUGAAUUUCAGCAUCCAGUUGUCUCCCCCAAUGUUAGAGAUUACA